AUGUCAACAGCAAAAGAAAAAGAUCGAUCGAAGGUGCGAAUAAGAAAUAUUUUCGGCCGUUUUUUUAAUUCAAAUAAUAAUGAAGUCGAUUCAUCAUCAGGCUGUUAUUCUGGUCCAGGUGAGAUAAGUUCACCAUACAACACAGUUCAUCGCAUUCAUGUUGGUUAUGAUGGCGAAAAGUUCACCGGUCUUCCUCAGCCAUGGAUGGAUACUCUUCUACGAGAUAUCAGUGACGCUGAUCAAAAGAACAACCCUUCUGCUGUUGUAAAGGCUCUGAAAUUUUAUGCAAAAACAAUGAUGGCUCAAGAAACACAUAAGCAAAAAUUUAUGUUACCCAAAUCACAACUCCCUUCAGAUGAUGAUAUAGAUGAUGAUAUUUCAGAAAAUAAUCGUAUUGUUUUAACAAAAGCAGAUGAUGUCGAUAAUUUUUUAGCAAUCAAAAAUGAACAAUCCAUAUCACCACACGAAACUCAAACAAUUCAUUCAAAUGAUUUAUCUUUACCGAAUUCUUUUUCUGUUGUUCCUCCGAUAGUACCACCGCGUCAAUCAAAAAUGCCUUCUGCUCCACCGUUACCACCUAUUAUAUGUAACAGUCAGUGGACAAAUCACGAAAAUCGAGAAAUUAUGAGUAAUGAAAAGGCCACGGUUCGCAAUACCAAAGCUCGUGGAACGCCGCCACCUUUGCCACCCAAACCGAUGUUUCGAUUUUAUCAAUUCAAAUGUGAGCUGGUUUAA